AUGUUUAGGGCCUAAAAUAUAAUCGGUUUUAGAUAUCUAGCUUUAAUAAUAACAUGUACAUCUGAUCUUAUAUUUCUAUUUAUUGUCACUUUUCAAUACGAUUUUAUUACUUUUCAAACCUUUUGGUUUAACCUAAGCAUGCAUCUCAUACUUUUAGGUAAUAAUUUGAUGAAAUUCAAUUAGCUCUGUUUAUUUUCAUUACAUAUCACUUUUAAAAAAAACAAGAAUAUAAAAUGCUUAUUAUGGAUAUUGCUUUUAUAGUUUUUUUUAUUGCUAAGUGUUUCUAUGAAGCUUUUAAUAAUCAUUAAACAAAUAAUUAUUUUGGGUAUUUUUAUAUAUCAAUCCUCUUUCACUUAUUUUAAGGAACUCUAAGAUGGCAUUUUUUAAAAAUCGUAUUACCUUUUUUGUAUUGUGGAUUUUUAAUUCAAUAAUUAUUAAUACCACAAAAACUUGAAAAGAACAAAGAGUCAUUAUUGUUUUAAUUAUUUUUCUUGAUAAUAGCUCUGUUAAACGAUUUUGCUAUUCAAAUUACAGAGCAUAAACUGAUUUAGAAUUAUAAAUCUCUAUAUGAAGAGAAAAAUUAACAAUUAUAAUUUCUGAGUGAUAUUAUUUCUAAAUUAAAUUUAGGAAUUCUUGCUUAUGAUUAAGAUUUAAAGUUAAUUUAUCGUAGUUAAUAUAUGGAUUUUAUAGAAGCAAUGAUUGAACCUUCUUAAGUUAUAGAAAAUGGUAUUAAUAGUGCUAAUCGAUCUGAAAUUUAAAAUUCUUAAUGUAUAAGACUGAUAUGUCACAAUCAAAAUUAAAGGUCAAAUAUUUAAUUUCUAGAUGAUAUUAAAGUAUGUGAAUACAUCAUUAAUGAAACUGUUAAUAAACAAAAUAUAACAAUUAGAUAAAUAAUUUAAAAUGGUAUUUAAUAAUAAGAUUAUGAAUCAAUUUAUUAUAAAAUCAAGUUAUUUGGGUAGAAUUUAGAAAAAUUCAAGUAUCAUUUAAAGUUUACACAAAUAAUUCAUAAUAAAUAAUUAUUAAAUUUGUUUACUUUCUAAGUAAUAUUUAUUUAAUAUUAGUUAAUUAAUGAUAUAUCGAUAUAUAGUGCUUUUAAAAAAGAUUAUAAGUUUAGAAAUAGUUUAAUAAGUUCAUUAAGUCAUAAAUUGAAAACACCUCUAAACUCUGUUAUUACUUAUUUAGAAACAUGCCUUAACAAUUCUUGUCUUUCUAAAGAUUUGAUUGAAACUUUUAUUAAACCUUGUUACUGGAAUUCUAAAAUUUUAUUAUAUCUUAUUUAGGAUAUUCUUGAAUAUGUGUCUAUAUAUUCUUAACAAAAAUAAAUUUUGACUAUUAAAAGUAUUGAUAUUCAUAAAUUACUUUUUGAAAUUAAAGAUUUAAUAAUGACAUAAUGUAGUUUAAAAGGUAUAUUAUUUACAAUAAAAUACAAUAAUGAAGAUAUCAGUUAAAUUGAAACUGAUAAAAAAGAAAUGUAAAUAAAUAUUUAUUAGUUUUUAUUUAGUAGUUGUUAUAUAUAAUCAGACUUGAAUAAGUUAAUGAGAAUUUUAGUUAAUUUGUUGAAUAAUGCUUAUAGAUUUACUCCUAAAGGUGGUCAAAUUGAAUUAAAUGUUAAGGAAAUUAAAACUGCAAGUUCUCGAAUGAUUAAAUUUAUUGUUUCUGAUAGUGGUGUUGGAUUGAGUAAACAAGCAUAAGAUGAAAUAAAUAAAUAAAUGCAGAUUCAUCAAUAAUAAACAUAGAGUUCUAGAAAGGUUAUUAAUUGAUAUAUUUUAGUAAAGUAUACUGUAAACUCAAUCUUUAGAUAGAGGAAUAAGUUAUUCUUCAAUGAAUCUUAAAAAUGAAGUUCUGGGUAUAAGUUUAAAAAUAACUACAAAAUUAAUUAAUUAACUUAAUGGAGCAUGUCCACUUAUUAUAGAGAGUAGUCCAGGAUAAGGAUGUAAAUUUGAAUUUUCGAUUUGUGAUUUAGAUUUGCCUAGUGCAUAAUAAUUGUAAUCUGCCUCAAGAUAAAGAAGAAAUGAAUCACUAAGAUCAAAUAAUUAAAUUUAGGAAUACUUUACUAUAUAAUCUGAUCAAAUUAACAAUGAAUAAGUUAUCGCUGGAAAAAUAAGAAAAAUUGAUAGAAUUAAACCUAGUAUGUUAAAGACUAUCAAUAAUUUAUCUUAAUCAUUUUCCAGACAACAAUCAAAAAGUCAUAAAUCUAUACCUUCUUUCUAAUUAGUCUAAAAAAGAAGUACUUAAAAUUUAGUGGCAGAAACUGGAAAUAUUAUAAUAGUAGAUGAUGAACCAUUCAAUCAUAUAACAUUAGAAAUGAUUCUUAAGAAUCUCGGAUAUUAUUAAAUUAUUCAUUGUUAUAAUGGAUAAGAAGUAGUUGAUUUAGUAACUCAAUAAAAAUUUAUUCGAACUAUAUUAAUGGAUAUUGAUAUGCCAGUCAUGAAUGGUAUAUAAGCAUCUUAAAUCAUAACUAAUUUAAUGGAUUAAGAAAAAAUUAUACCAUUAUAGAUUAUUGCAUGCACAGCACAUGAGGAUGAAGAAACUAAAUAACUUUGUUAAGAAGCUGGAAUCGAUUAGAUUGUUUUCAAACCUAUUUUUCCUUAGGUUCUUAAAGAUGCUUUAUAAUUAAAGUUUUGA